AUGGAUUCACUGCUAAGCUCAUCAAGUUUGAGAAGUUCCACACAGUUUCUUUCUCAUCAAAACCCUAAUAACAAAAAUUUCUAUGGAGAAUGGGCACAAGGGUUUUCAUGCAGAGCCAUCAACAAGAAGAAGCAGCAGGAGGAAGCUACAGAGAAAGAGACAUUUUACAAGGUUCUAUCAUUGAAUCCCCAAGAGGCAAAACCAGAAGAUAUAAAGAAAGCUUACAGGAAAAUGGCCCUGAGAUAUCACCCGGAUGUUUGUCAAAACUCUACAAUGAGUAGAGAAGAAUGUAGGAGGAUGUUUUUGCAAGUUCAUGAAGCUUAUAGGACUCUGUCUGAUCCUGUGUUACGUGAAGAAUAUGAUCUUGGAUUAUUUCUAGGGUUGACAAGAAACCUCGGAGAUAAUCAUGCAGGGACCGGAAGUUGCAGCUGGAAAGAGCAGCUUGUUGAGUUGAAGAGAAGAUCUAAUCUUCGUGUGGCUCAGAAGGAAGGUUCAUGGGCUCGUAGGGUUGCAACUCAGAACACAAAGAUGGAGGAAUAA